AAAGAAAGAAAGAAAGAAAGAAAGAAAGAAAGAAAGGAGGAAAGAAAGAAAUAGAAACCACCCAAAAAACUUGGAAUUGUGCUCACAGUGAAUUGAAAAAUCAGUGCUAAAUUUAAGGCAGAGCCAUGAGGCAGAGGUUGGCCGAGGGCAGAGGAGGAAAGGUGCGGCCCACGGACGCGUGGGAAUAAAGGGGAAAGUUGUGGGAGUGUGCCACGUCGGGACGAGGGACGGUGCGCCGUGCGGGUGUGUGCGGGUAUCUGUGCGGGGACCGGCCCGAGCAGCAACGUCUCUCAAAGUUACCUUUGUUUACAUGGCAUACGGCUGGGAGCGCGGUGUGGCACUGCUGGAGGGAAACACACACAGAGACGCUUUUUUUAAAAAAAAAAAAAAAAAAAAACUUUGGUCAGCGCUCGGGACUGGCGGCACGCUCACGCUCUGUGCGGAGAUGGUUAAUGAAUCCGGUGUUUUUGCAGUUGCAAGCUUGUGCAUUCACUGUGCAACGCUGACUGCAGGCUUUUGCAGUGGCGACAGCGCACCAAAGAUAUUAAUUACACCGUCCCCUUUUUUUUCCACGAAUGUUUGGCUAUUCGGUUCAGCGAGGAAGAAUGCCGCCCACCCAGCCCAAUCCCGGCCAGUACGCCCUGACCAACGGGGACCCCCUGAACGGGCACUGCUAUCUCUCGGGAUACAUCUCCCUGCUGCUGCGGGCCGAGCCCUACCCCACCUCCCGCUACGGCAGCCAGUGCAUGCAGCCCAACAACAUCAUGGGCAUCGAGAACAUCUGCGAGCUGGCCGCCCGCCUGCUCUUCAGCGCCGUCGAGUGGGCCCGCAACAUCCCCUUCUUCCCCGACCUGCAGAUCACCGACCAGGUGGCCCUGCUGCGGCUUACCUGGAGCGAGCUCUUCGUGCUGAACGCGGCUCAGUGCUCCAUGCCGCUGCACGUGGCCCCGCUGCUGGCCGCCGCCGGCCUCCACGCCUCCCCCAUGUCGGCCGACCGCGUCGUCGCCUUCAUGGACCACAUCCGCAUCUUCCAGGAGCAGGUGGAGAAGCUGAAGGCACUGCACGUCGACUCGGCCGAGUACAGCUGCCUCAAAGCCAUCGUCCUCUUCACCUCAGACGCCUGCGGGCUGUCGGAUGCGGCGCACAUCGAGAGCCUGCAGGAGAAAUCGCAGUGCGCGCUGGAGGAGUACGUACGGAGCCAGUACCCCAACCAACCCAGCCGCUUCGGCAAGCUGCUGCUGCGGCUGCCCUCCCUGCGCACCGUUUCCUCCUCCGUCAUCGAGCAGCUCUUCUUCGUCCGCUUGGUAGGUAAAACCCCCAUCGAGACCCUCAUCAGGGAUAUGCUACUGUCGGGGAGCAGCUUCAACUGGCCUUACAUGUCCAUCCAGUGCUCCUAGAGCCCGGCCGCAGCCCGGCGGGGACGCUGCGCGGCGGCGGAGGCGGGGG